GAUUAUGUAUUGACGUCAUAGUAAAUAACACCGUAUUAUCUUGCAACAGACAAUUUUACGGAUAGUCACUUAUUUUCCGAUCAGAAAAGGCGAACAAUAAAACGGUUGGAAUGGCGACUGCAAAACCCUUGACACCACUGAAACCAACUACAGUUGUAAGUCAAAAUAUAAUGAUGUACAAGUAUUUUAUUUGUCAAAUAACGGAAACGAAAGCACGUGUCCUUAUAAAUAUAAUAAUUAGAGAAAGGCAGAAAACAUUCGUUUUUCAACAUAAACACAACAUUUCAAACUUUUUCAUUAGAUUUUACUUUGAUAAUUUCUGUAGUUCUGUUUUAAAAAGAUUUUUUUAAAAAAAAAAACAAAAGGAUGAGGGAGGAGAGAGGAAAAAAGAAACGAAAUGGAUUUGAUACAUUAUUAGCUUUUUCGGCUGUUGUUUAUAUUGUUUUUCAUAGAAUUUUUACAGAUUUAUUCGAUUUAUAGAGUAUGCUAUUACUAUUAAUCUCUCUCCCGCUACCUCUCCCUCCCUCCUUUCUUCUUUCUCUCUGAAGAGCGUUGGACCAAAACUGGUACCUUUCUUUAAAACCGUUACAAUAUAUUUUGUCCUCUAUGGCAAAGAGUCAACAAUGGAUUCUAUUUUCUAUUGCGUCAUUAAAAUUCUACCUAUAAUCUCCUUGAUGAUCUUUGUUCUACUACACGGCAUGAAUUUCUCUGAGGCUUACGUUUAUUCAAGAAGAAUUUUAAUAGGCCUACUCUUCUCAGCAUUUGGAGAUGCAUUUAUGGUUUGGAAAAAAAAUGGGUAUUUCAUACCAGCUGUUGGAAUGUUUGCAAUUGCUCAACUCCUAUAUGCGAGAGCUUUUGGCUUUAGAGAUUUAAAGAUUAAACAUGGUGUCUGUUGCGGUAGCUUGUGUUCUGUUAUGUUCCUCUUCCUUCUUCCAGUUUUAGAGGGCAAAAUGGUUUGGAUAGGAAUGACAUAUUGCGCAUUAAUUUGCGGUAUGUUAUGGAGAGCGGUGGCUAGAGUUCAGCUCUUUAAUGAUUUAUGGACGUGGACAAAAUUGUGCAGUUGCGGUGGCGCCAUCUUCUUUGUUAUUUCAGACUACAUAAUAUGUUUAGAUAAAUUCCUCGCUCCCGUUCCCUAUGCACAUCAAUUAAUAAUGUCAACCUACUAUACCGCUCAGUUGGGUAUAACGCUAAGUGUCAUUGAUUCCCAAGCCGAUAUCGUCAUUGAACAGAGUUUAAAGGAAACUGAAAACUGGAAAACACAACGAAUUGAAAAAGGUUCUUUUGAAGAGAAAGUCGAUAAAAACUGCAAAAAAACAAAUUAAACUCUUACAAACAAACAACAGCAUUAACUGCAAAAAGAGUAGGGGAUGGUUGGGCGGGGGCGGGGAGGGUUCCUUGUAAGCUGUUUUCGAAUUUGAAGGAUAUUGUUCAUUUGUUUAUUUUGGGCAUAACUAAUCCAGUUUCUUCCUUUCCUAGAUAUAUGAAAAAUAUGAAAAAAAACAAAAAAAAGAAGAGCUAAUAAGCUAUAUUAAUCAAGCUUGUUUCGUUUUUAAAUAUAUAUAUAUAUAUAUAUAUACAUAUAUACAGUAUAUGUAUAUAACAACAACUAUGGGAUAAAGAGAGUAAGAAAGAGAUUAGCGGCACUUAUACUUCCAUAAAUAAGUGGGCUAUUAGAUUUUCUCUUCCUAUCCAACAAUCAAGAUUGAAAAUACUUUUACAUUGUACACUAUUUUUAGUAAUUUUUAUUCAGGAAGAAGAUAAUUAUAUAAUCAUCGAAAUGCAUUAGAAUCUCUAGAUAAAAGAUAGUGAAAUCCGUGGAAAAAAACAAAAAGUCAGAUCUUUCUCCUAUUUCCUUUUUAUUUUUUAUUAUUUAUAUAUAUAUAUUGUUUUGUAUAUCAUUA